AUGGAAGAACAAAACAUUAUCACAGAGGUCCCAGCAGCCCUAAAGCACCUAGCCAAAUAUAUAGUGUGUGGUUUCUAUGGGGUAGAGCACUCCCUGACCCUUGAUAUGCUGAUCCGCUACCCCUGCGUGAAAGAGGAUGACUUGUUACAGUUGCUCAAGUAUGACCGUAAACAACUGCGUGCUGUCCUCAACACACUCAAGGCAGAGAAGCUUGUGAAGCUGCGCAUGCGAGUUGAAACAGGGCCUAACGGGAAAAGCACCAGGCACAACUACUAUUACAUCAAUUACAAGGUGCUGGUGGAUGUGGUGAAAUAUAAACUGGAUCACAUCCGCCGGAAGAUAGAGGCAGAUGAGCAGGAUUCAACGAUCAGGUGCUCUUUUAAAUGCCCAUCUUGCUUCAGCAUUUACACAGACCUGGAAGUCAAGCAGCUCUUUGAUGUAUUUACAGGCACUUUCCGCUGCACUUACUGCAACACUGAAAUAGAGGAAGAGGCCUCAGCGCUUCCUAAGCACAAUGCUCGAGCCUUGCUAGCAAAAUUCAAUGAGCAGAUUGAACCAAUCUUUGUGCUACUGCGUGAGGCUGAAGAUGUUGUUCUGCCGCAUGACUUCCUGGAGCCUCAGCCAACAGAAAUACCCGAAUUAUCAGAGAGCUUUGACCAGAAGGUGGGUUCGACUGUGCUGGAAUCCUGCAGCCGACCUGAAAAAUGGGCCAGCAGAAGUUCCUCCUUUGGCAAUAUGUUCACCGAAAACUUAGUUAUUGAUGUACAAGACUCUGAACCCAAAAAGAAAACAAGUGAAAAAGCAACUAAAGAGCAACCUAUCUGGAUGUCACAGAGCACUGUGGAAGGAGCACCAACAGCCACCGACAACAGUGUUGGAGUACAUGCUUCAGAAGAAAAAGUUAAAGAAAUUGUCACUGACAAUGAUACCAUCAAAACUCUUCUGAUGUGUGAGUCCAAGUUACUGUCUAGCACAGACCAGGUUCCUGUUGUCAAAAGCAAACUACCCGAGUCAGUCAGCGAUACCAGCGAAGAAGAUGCCAAGCAUCCAAGAACAGGAACAAAAGUAGAAGUCAGCAACCUUGAGCAAGAGAAGGAAGACGAAAUAGAAGGUCCUAUUUUGAUGGUAGCUGGUCAGCCUCGGUCAUAUGGUGAAGUCAGUGAAAAUCUUGAGCUUGUGUCUCUCAUGACAAAUGAAGAGAGAGAGGCUUAUAUAAAAGUAGGACAAGAAAUGUUCCAGUCUUUCUUUGAAUAA